UCCACUAGCUUCAUAUAUUGCAGUGGCUCAGUUGUCACUUUCCUCAUUUCAGGCGGCUUCAAUGGCUCCGAUCGCAGCUGGAGAUGUGAUUCCUGACGGAGUUUUGUCCUACUUGGAUGAUGAUAACAAGCCUCAAACCGUGUCUAUCCACUCCCUUGCCGCCGGUAAGAAGGUCAUCAUCGUUGGUGUUCCCGGUGCCUUCACCCCUACUUGCAGCUUGAAGCAUGUACCUGGGUUCAUUGAGAGAGCAGAGGAGUUGAAAGGGAAGGGUGUGGAUGAAAUCAUCUGUAUUAGUGUUAAUGAUCCAUACGUGAUGAACGCAUGGGCCAAAACUUACCCUGAGAACAAGCAUGUGAAGUUCCUAGCUGAUGGUUCAUCCAAAUAUAGCCAAGCUCUGGGGCUGGAGCUUGACCUUACUGAUAAAGGCCUGGGCACCCGCUCUAGGAGGUAUGCCCUUCUGGUUGAAGAUCUCAAGGUGAAGGUUGCGAAUGUUGAAAAAGGAGGAGAAUUCACAGUCUCAAGUGCUGAAGAUAUCAUCAAAGCUCUUUGAGCCUCUCAUGAUGCUGUGUGUGUCUGUAGUCCCUCGUUUCUUUUAGUGUCUUGUGUGUGUGCCCGCAUUGACUGUGAUAUUCGAAACAUUCUGGUUUGAAUAUGUAAUAUGUGAUCUAGAGGGAUACGACGUACUGCAUAUGGAAAUAAUAAAGCGGCUCUUUCUUAUGACUA